AUGCUUGCAGCAGCGCUUGCUCCCUUGGCCAGCUUCAAUGCGCGCCUGGCCCAGCCCGUUCACCCAACACUCUAUCCCUUCCCACUCGCAACCACCCUGCACGCCCUUCGCGUUGCCAUUGCCUACCGAAGCAUCUGUGCCGGUUUCCUCUCCCGACGACGAGCUGAAGGUCGCGCUUCACCUGCCGAUCUUCGCGUGUCCUGGCUUCGCGAUGCUUCAGGUUUCCUCGUCAUGGCAUGGGGUGGUGGAGUGAUCGCCAACUACGUUCUCUGUCAGAUCCCUGGCCAACUCCUCACCAUCUGGCCUUGGAUCAACUAUCUCUCUGUCUACCUAGCCACCACCUUGAUCGUCUCGAGCUUUGGUGCUCCUUCUGCUAAGCUUCUCGAUCUAGCUUUGCCCGUAGUGGACGGUGCAACGCGCACAGCAGCAACAUAUGGAGGUAUCAACAUGGUCUUGAACCACACCAACCCGGUGGCUCGAUCGAGUUUGCUGUUGCAGAUCAUCAUCGGUACUAUCUCAGCUUGUGGUGGUGGUAUCAGUGCCUUCACGCUCCAUGUGUUUGAUCCUGUGGGAUGGAGCUUCGGUACUCCGCCGUUCCUUAAAGCGAAGUCGUUGGUGGAGUUUACGGAUAUCAUCGCUCCAGCAUUGGCAAGUGCUGUGUUUGGAGUGUUGACGUUGAGUCAUCCGGGCUAUGGCGGUGUGUUGGCGUACAUUCAUGGUAAGCCAGCGGGAUUGUUGAGCCAGGAGGGAGGAAAGGCAGUCAUUUCGUUGGUCAUUGGAUCAUGCUUCUUCUUGAGAGCGCUUUGGUUGCACGUGCUUGCGCCACAGGCUCCGGCACCGAGGCCGAUUGCGAGCAACAAGGCCAUUCGCAGCGUGACUGCUAAGAAGGCUUGA